AUUGCAGGUUACAAAUUAAUUGUGCCGCGAGAUGUAAACACAAAGCCAGGGAAAUGAGAACUCGAAGAUAUAGCUAUUGAACAUGAAUUUGGAACUAUUGGAAUCAUUUGGGCAGAAUUACCCAGAGGAUUUUGAUGGUGCUUUAGACUGUAUCAGCAUUGCCAUCACCUGUGCCUUCAACCGUCAGGGAACUCUACUGGCAGUGGGCUGUAAUGAUGGCAGAAUUGUCAUAUGGGAUUUUCUAACGAGGGGAAUUGCAAAAAUAAUUAGUGCUCAUGUGCACCCAGUGUGCUGUUUAAGCUGGGGCCGGAACGGGCAGAAACUACUCAGUGCAGCUACAGACAAUACUUCAUCAAUAUGGGAUGUCGUGUCGGCAGAGUGUGACAAAACGUUCAGGUUUCCUUCUCCCAUUCUCAAAGUACAGUUUCAUCCCCGCGACAGUAAGCAAUUUCUUGUGUGUCCGAUGAAGCACCCUGCUGUGUUAAUGAACAUAAACGGAGAGCAUAGAGUUGUCCCCCUCGAUGAUGACUCUGACCUAAACAUCGUUGCUUCCUAUGACAGAAGAGGUAAACACAUCUACACAGGGAAUGCCAAGGGCAGGAUCUUGGUGUUCAAUAGCAUAGAUCUGGAUCUGAAAGCAUCAUUCCGAGUAACGACUGGGACAUUAAACACAACGGCCAUCAAAUCCAUAGAGUUUGCCAGGAGGGGGGAGUGUUUCCUGGUAAAUUCAGCAGACCGAAUCAUCCGAGUUUACGAGAGCGGGGAAGUUUUAGCAUGCGGUAAAGAUGGGGAACCGGAACCGAUACAAAAACUUCAAGACCUCGUCAACAAAUUGUUGUGGAAGAAAUGCUGUUUUUCUGGAGAUGGGGAAUUCAUUGUAGCAGGGUCUGCUAGGCAACACUCGCUCUACAUCUGGGAAAAGAGUGUCGGAAAUCUUGUGAAAAUUCUCCACGGAACUAAAGGGGAGCUGCUGCUGGAUGUUGUGUGGCAUCCUGUACGCCCAAUCAUUGCCUCAAUAUCGAGUGGUCUAGUAUCAAUAUGGGCACAGAAUCAAGUCGAAAAUUGGAGUGCCUUUGCACCCGAUUUCAAGGAGUUGGAUGAGAAUGUUGAAUAUGAGGAGAGAGAAUCCGAGUUUGAUGUUGAAGAUGAAGACAAAGAGAAGGAGGAAACAAAGGGGCCGGACGAGGAGGACUCAGAAGUUGAUGUGACCACCAUUGAGCCCAUUCAAGCAUUUGUCAGCAGUGAUGAGGAUGAAGAGGACCAGGAAGCCCUGCUUUACCUUCCUGUUUCACCAGACAUCGAGGAACCUGAGGAGUCAACAUGGGCAUUGCCCCCAGAAGCUGUGGCAGAGGAGAUGCAGGCUCAGGAGAAAAAGAGAACUCAGUCCAACACAGACAACACCCCCUCCCCCAAGAAAAAGAAAGUCAAGACCUUAGAGGUGGACCUUCCAGAGGCCCCUUUAGAUGAAAUUCAUCCUCUUCUUAAUGUGAAGAAACCAAAUGAAAAAGGACAGAAAAAAUCCAGUCGUCCUAAGCAGCCAAAAUCUUCAAAACCAGAAAAAUCCAAGAGCAAGGCACGCAUUGAUGAUAUGUAUGGAGCAGCCUCAUUCUCCUGGGUAUGUCAAGUGAGGAACAUUUUAUGUGCUUUAUGGCUUCUUGCUUCCUUGCAGCCAUUUCAUAUGCAUCUGAUUUUGAAAUCUCAGCAUUAUAUAGAAUGCUUUUCAAGUUAUACACAAUUAUAGUGUAACUAUCGGAAGUUUUUGACAGUAUGUGUAUUCCACAGAUAUACAUGAUUAUAUACUAACAGAAAUCUCACUUUGAUACUAUAUGGUACAUGCAUCACUAUACACAACGAGGUGCUGGGUGACAUAGACCAGUGUGUUUGCUGCUUUCCUGGUGCUGUGUAAACAGUUUUGUUCACCCAUUGCUUUGGGGGUAUUUCUGAUAUUUUGCGUGUUUAAUCAAUAGUCUGGGAUAAAUUAUGGCACCUUCUCUAACACUUUCCAGCACGGCCACAGCAUCUGUUAAGAUUAUGUUUUCCCAGACAUCUUCAAUAUAUUACUGUACAUGGAAUUUCUAGCUAUUUUUGCAUUAAAAAAAUUCAGAGUUACAUCAACUCCUUUAGGAGUUUGCUGUUUGGUAACAUCUUUCAUUAACAUUAUAUACUUGUACUGUACUUACUAAUUCAGAUGAAAAAAAGUACUUGAUAUAGAACUGUAAAAAAAUAUUUCUUACAAAAUCCUUUGAACCUCUCAGCAUUUUGCAUACAGCCCCUAUUGGCUUUUGAUUAGCUGCAAGUAAAUGAUCGGUAUGUAGCAAGCUUGAAUUUCCCUCAGAGGGGCAUGCAUACUGGUUCUUUCCAUGAAACAAGAAUAUGUUACAACACGCAGGCAUGUACUCACUUUGGUUUUAUGGAAAUCUGACAGCUGUGUAGGUCAGACAGCCAUUAAAUCUGACUUUGACAGCUGUGUAAGUAGAUCCGACUUUGACACCUGUGUAGGUCUGACAGCCAUUAGAUCCGACUUUGACAGCUGUGUAAGUGAGUUUGACUUUGACACCUGUGUAAGUAAAUAAGACUUUGACACCUGUGUAGGUCUGACAGCCAUUAGAUCUGACUUUGACAGCUGCGUAAGUAUAGAUCUGACUUUGACAGCUGUGUAGGUCAGACAGCCAUUAGAUCCGACUUUGACAGCUGUGUGGGUCUGACAACUAUUUAGAUCCGACUUUGACAGCUGUGUGGGUCUGACAGCCAUUAGAUCUGACUUUGACAGCUGUGUGGGUCUGACAACUAUUUAGAUCCGACUUUGACAGCUGUGUGGGUCUGACAACUAUUUAGAUCCGACUUUGACAGCUGUGUGGGUCUGACAGCCAUUAGAUCUGACUUUGACAACUGUGUGGGUCUGACAGCUUAUUAGGCCUGACAGUUUUGAUGGUCGUACAGUUGUGUACAUAAGAUUCACAGUUAGUGUGUGGAUCUCACAGCUCCAGGUCUGAUAGCUAUUUAUAGAUCUCACAGCUCCAGGUCUGAUAGCUAUUUAUAGAUCUCACAGCUCCAGGUCUGAUUGCUAUUUAUAGGUUUCACAGCUCCAGGUCUGAUAGCUAUUUAUAGGUUUCACAGCUCUGUUGAUCCGACAGCGCAAAAUGGGUCUACUUCACUAGAUGAAUAGUUUGCCUAAAUCCUUUGACAAAUUUUAAAUAUAGGGCUAAUCAAACAAAAGAUUUGUGGCUAUAAAGUUGCAGUAUAGGUCUGAGUGACUGUAGACAAGGAUGAGAAUUACAGGGGGGGGGGGGGGGGGGGGGGGGGGUGUCCAAUAUACAGCAUGUCUUCAAGCAAGCUAGAGGUGCAAAGCGGUAUAUUCUGACUUGGUUCUGGAUUUAUAAGGAGUGUAGGGAUAUGUUGACCAAGAUUUUUCCUUGUACUAUUAACUGAGUAUGAUAGUCAUUUCCAUAGAACUAUUCCCGAAAAGACUUUUGACUCCAUUUAAACCAAUCAAAAUUUAAUCCUUUUAAAAACACAUAUUACAAUUUGUUUGAUAAACAUUAAUUAGAUAAUACAUUUUAAUGAUAUUGAUAAUAAUUUUCUUUGUACUUGCAGUCAUGAGAAGUUUCAUCAUGGGAGAGAUAUCGAGAAAGGCAGCCCACAACACAGCCAUGUUCAGCUUUUCAGUCUGAAGGAAUGUGUAUAAACAUUGUGUUCAUAUUACUUUAAGCCUACGUGCAACACGCAGUGUGUGAGUGUGUGUGUGUGUACAAGGGGAGAUAAUAAAGAACCAUUGCAUUACA